AUGGCACCGUCCCAUAACGGCUCUGCGCUCGCGGGGAACCUCACCAACCAGUUCGUGCAGCCUCCGUGGCGCGUGGCGCUCUGGUCCGUCGCCUACAGCUCGAUCCUGGCCGUGGCCGUGUUCGGCAACCUGGUGGUCAUGUGGAUCAUCCUGGCGCACAAGCGGAUGCGCACGGUCACCAACUACUUCUUGCUGAACCUGGCCUUCUCGGACGCGUCCAUGGCCGCCUUCAACACGCUGGUCAACUUCGUGUACGCCACGCACGGGGACUGGUACUUCGGAGAGGCGUACUGCAAGUUCCACAACUUCUUCCCCGUCACCGCCGUGUUCGCCAGCAUCUACUCCAUGACCGCCAUAGCGGUGGACAGGUACAUGGCCAUAAUUCAUCCGCUGAAGCCUCAUCUGUCAGCCACUGCUACUAAAGUGGUGAUCGUAUGUAUCUGGGUGCUGGCUGUGGUGCUGGCCUUUCCCCUCUGCUUCUUCUCCACCAUUAGGAAAUUACCCAAGAGGACUCUUUGCUACGUGGCCUGGCCUAGACCCGGCGAGGACCCAUUCAUGUACCAUAUCAUAGUGACUGCAUUGGUGUACAUGCUGCCCCUAGUGGUGAUGGGCAUUACCUACACUGUAGUAGGGGUGACGCUGUGGGGAGGGGAGAUCCCCGGAGACUCGUCAGACAACUACCACGGCCAGCUACGUGCCAAGAGAAAGGUGGUGAAGAUGAUGAUCAUAGUGGUCGUGACCUUUGCCAUCUGCUGGUUGCCGUACCACGUGUACUUCCUGGUCACGGGCCUCAACAAGCAGCUGGUGAAGAAGAAGUCCAUCCAGCAGGUCUAUCUCUCAGUCAUGUGGCUUGCCAUGAGCUCCACCAUGUACAACCCCAUCAUCUACUGCUGCCUCAACAGCAGGUUUCGGGCCGGUUUCAAACGAGCUUUCCGCUGGUGCCCCUUCGUGCGGUUGUCCAGCUAUGAUGAGCUGGAGCUGAGGGCUACACGUCUGCAGGUGGCCCGGCAAAACAGCAUGUACACGUUGUCCCGCAUGGAAACCACUGUAGUAGCUGUGUGUGACCCCAGUGAGCCAUCUACCAACCCGGCCCGAAAAAGCCUACUCAACCACCACCACAAUGGCUGCUCUCAUUCUAUCAAGAGCAGAGCAGCCACUUACACACCCAGUGACCCUCAGGAGGAGUUCUGCUGAAGACUUUUUCCACACCGCAGAACAUCAAUAGAGAAGGAAGCCCAGCAAUGCUGCAGUUUUGGGGUGGACUCGGAAGGGACAUUUUGCUUCUUUUUCCAUUUCAUUGCGCAUCUCAUAUGAAGAUUAAGAGAGACGGGGCUUAUCUGUUGCAAUGGAUUUGGGCGAAAAAAAGCUAAAAAGCACUAUAAAGCACUGUAAUACACGUUAUUUAGCAAGUUGUCAUCAUAUCAUGAGUGGAACAUGUUUCGACUGUGAAGAACUGUGAAAAUCAAAUGUUGCUAUAGUUGUUCAGUCAUGUGCUUGCCAGGAGGCACCUAUCUACAACUGUCCCUAUUUUAAGCUGGUUAUCUUAGGCCAGUUUUCUAUAGAUGGCACCCCAAAGAACUAGACUAAACUACACUGAAACACUGUCAAAGGAUGUUCGCUUAGGAUUAGUAUUUAAUAUACACCCCAAAGCACUGGUUUUCCAGUACUUUCUGAAGUCACACAUUGGUGAAUUUGGUAAUUUCAUUUUAUGCUUGGAUGUGAUUCUUGAAUUGGAAACAACUUCUACUGAGAGUAAAAUGAGUAAUAUAAUAUAUAAUGAGUCUAAAUAACAAGCUAGCAUAGCAGCGAGCAUCUCGUCUUGCAGGUGGAACCCAUUCUGCAAUUGAUGGAGCUGGUGGAGAGAGGCAGGAGGGACAUAAUUCCCUUCAGCAAAAAGACAGACACAAUAAACACAUCCCCACCAACACCGAUAUCCACAUAAUGGAUUUCCAAGCAUCCAAAACAAAAGGACUUCCACAAUUGAUGCUAGCUUUUCUUUACAAAGAGUUCAGAAUGCAUUAAACAAAAUCAGUUAAUCUAGCCUCUGGUUUUGCGUACAUGUGGAAAGUAUUGGUUCAUGCAAGGUCGGAAAACCUUUAAACUGAUCUGCCUGUUUCCACUGUUGCCAUGUGACAUUUGGCUCGAGGUGUAUACCUUCAGAAGUGAACUUCAACUGGCAGCAAACGAAGAGGAAAGGUCGCUCCAGGGAUUUUUUUUUUCCGUGCGCUUCUGUGAUAUCGCCCUAUUUAGCCAUAGCUCACAAGAGGCAGCUGGACUAUUUGAACUGUCAAGUUAUGGUCGUACUGCAUCGGGAAAAAAAUAGCACUUUUCUCCUUUUUCCACAAGCCUUUUUACUUCAAGUCACCAAAGUGUUUAAAAGAAGUUUCUCCUAAACAGCAGGUCAGUCCUUAGACGUCUAGAGGUAUUACUGUUGUAUUGUUUGGCUCUACAAUUCAAAUUAAAAAGGAAUUUCAUUGGUUUGUCAAAAUCUGUACAUAAUUAAAUCAUUACUGUGUAACCAAAGUCAUUUGGAGUGGUUUGAUGUGAAAAGUGCCUUUUAGAGAAAACUGCAGUCUCAAAUUUCUUUACAGUGCUGGUGAUAGGAACCAGACAUCUGAAGCAUGUAGUGUCUCUAACAUCUACCCCAUAUGGAAGCUGUUACAUAAAAGUGCUUCAUGGUGGAGAGGUACUUUUUUUUUUUCUUCAGAAGUUCCACUCUUUGAAAAUUAACAGCUCACUUGUUGUUUGGAUCACUUGUUGGUUUGGAUCGGACAUAAAACAGCUAGACAUUGUGACUCCUGGUUCCUAUCACCACCACUGUAAAGAAAUUUGAGACUGCAGUUUUCUCAACAAUAAAACACUUCAUACCAAACCGCACUGCGGGACUUUGCUUACACCUCAGCGACUGAAUUAAAUAAAUAAAUAAAUAAAAAUAGGUACAUAACGAAUCAUGUAUGUCCAGUUUACGGGCAAAAAAAUGAAUAUGGCAUUUGGUCAUAUUCAAAUCAUAAUAAAAUAUCUUAGUGCUUGCAAAUACAGUUGAAGUUACAAUGCUUUUGCUAUCACCAGCAAUAAAUGCAACUUCAGAAAUAAUGAAUUGAUGAAAGUUAUAGCUGUUUACUUGCUUCAUUUUGCUAGAAUGCAUGUUGCACAUUACAGAGCAUCCAAAGGCACAAGUCCAAGCUUGUUUUGCAGUAGUGGGGGCUGUGAAUAAAAGUGUGCCCCUGCUGGCAUGCCCCCACACAUAAGCGUGCAUCCCCACAAGAAAGCAUCUUACAGACCCUUCUCUGCUGCUGUAUGAGGCGCUUGCAUGUUAAAAGACCAAACACACAUUUCUUCACCCCUUUAUGAGGCCCGUGCGGAUGCGAUUACGCAUUGAGCGGAACAUCCAGUGGUAACGAAUGCAAGCAAAGGAGUGUUCAUUCUCAUAGCCCUAGGAAUAGAUUAGUUAAGCCUGAGGAGGUGGAUGAGGCCUUGGAACUGGAAGAAAACAUCCUACUUUGCUUUCAUCCUACUGCAGGGCAAAUUCAAGUGUAAUGGAUUUUUUUCCAGGUGAAUGAUGUCCACCUGUGGCCACCGGAGAUAGCACACACAUAACCACCCUUCAUUUAUCUAAUGUUGACUAAAAACAGCCAUUAAGCACAUAAUUGAAUUUCCAACAUAUGUUUAACUGAUGAUUUCUCAGAAGCCUCGACAGCUAAAUAUUACAUUUUCCCAGUAUUUAAGGUGUCACGCUCUUUACCAUUACUGGAGCUUCUAUUCUUUUCAUAAGACUUGCAUUCAGCUCCUCAAAGAAAGCUGUUUUUCCACACCUCUGAGGUUCACGCCGCAAUCCCAAACACGUUCAGUGAUGUUGGGGUCUGGACAGUUCAUUGUUCUGAGAACAUCAGCAGCUGCUUUAUUUGAUCUACAACAACAUCAUGCAGUUUUUGACCAUUUCCUUUUCUCAGUCUGGGCAUCGCGACAGCUACACAUCCUUUCCGACUCAUAGUAUUGAGUCGUCUUCUCACAGUGGAAGGAUGGACAG